AUGUCGGAUAAAAUCCAAGAUGGAGAAGCGACUCUUGAUUUAGAAGAAAAUGUGGAAAUUGAUCUUAAAGUCGGUGUUUUGGACAAAAGUGUUUUAGCUACCCAUGAAGACCCUGAACCAGAAUUUGAAACUUCAUUCCCCCUGGGAUUAUCCCUGGAUGCUACAUUGAAUAGUGGUUUUGCUUUGGAUGAUGAUACUGAGGAACAACCUGUGGAUCCUUUUCAGUAUGCAGUACCUGGUGUUCCUACUCAGGAAUCUAGUUCAGCAUCAGAUGUGGAAUGUGUCCCUAAUGAUGCUUCUACUGGCGCUCGGAGCCAGUUGAAAAAUUUGGAACCAAUUGUUGGAACUAGUUCUGAAGAUGGUUCCAAGGAAAAUAGUGUUUCUGUGAUUGAGACAAAAAUUGAACACCAUUUGGAAGAUCACAAGUUGGAUACCAAGUCCAAAGAUGUUGAUGCCAAAGCAGAUGCAAGGGUGGUGGAUGACAAAACAUCUGCAGAUGACAAUUUGGAAAUUGACCUGAAAGUCGGUGUCUUGGACAAAAGUAUUCUGAGUCCACAUGAAGAGGAUCCUCCACCAGAAUUUGAAGCUUCAUUCCCUCUAGGAUUAUCCCUGGAUGCCACCUUGAAUAGUGGUUUUGCUUUGGAUGACGACACUGAGGAACAAGCUGUGGACCCUUUUCAGUAUGCUGUUCCAGGAGUUCCUACUCCAGAGGUGGAUGAAAAUGUCAGUUGUCCUUCCCGAGAAAUAAAAAAAUCUUCUGAUCUAGAUCUUCAGCAAGGUACAGAAGACUUCUCUAAAGAGGAUGGUGAUGCCAACUUAACACCAGAGAGUACCCAUCCUUCUGUUGAUGCAGAACCUGAAAAAGGCUCUCCAAUAAUUCCCAAAGAACAGCUCUCCAAAGUGGAUGGAUCUUUUGAAAAUCUUCCAAGUCAUCAGCUGGAUGGAUCUUUUGAAAAUCUUCCAAGUCAUCAGCUGGAUGGAUCUAUGGAAAAUCUUCCUCCAAGCCCAAAGCUUGAUCAAUCUCUUGAAAUUCUUCCUCCAAGCCCAAAGCUGGAUCAAUCUGUUGAAAAUCUUCCAAGCCCUAAGCUGGAUCAAUCUGUUGAAAAUCUUCCAAGCCCAAAGCUGGAUCGAUCUGUUGAAAAUCUUCCAAGCCAUCAGCUGGAUGGAUCUAUGGAAAAUCUUCCUCCAAGUCCUAAACUGGAUGGAUCUAUGGAAAAUCUUCCUCCAAGCCCAAAGCUGGAUGGAUCUAUGGAAAAUCAGCUAUCAAAUCUCAAGGUUGAUCAUUUAAAUCCUGAGAUGGAUGGUUCUGUGGAUAAUCUCCCUGCUGGUCCUAAGAAUGAUGCAUCUUUGGGAAAUGAUGACAGCUCUGUAUCACAUCCUUCAUUGGAAACUGAUCCUUUGGGUAAGGCUGAAAUUGAGGAAAUGCUACCACUGAUUCUGAAUGAUGACAUGUUGCUUCCGACAGACAAACUUUCUGGAAAUGAGGACAUUUUAGUAGUUUUAGAGGAUCCGGACAUAGAAAUUCCUCUUUUAAACGAGGACAUGCUUGAUUUAGAGACAGUGACACCCAAAGAUCUUGUGGAGUCCCAUCACAGUUCUGAAGCCCAGCUGGUGGAGGAUGCAUCUCUUAAAGCUUCCAGGAACCUCGGUGACAACCAUGGAAGUCCAGAUAAAGAUGCUCAUUCUUCAGCAGAAAAGCACUUCGAAGACUCUGUUGAUGCAGAAGAUGUUAACCCUGUUGACUUGGCCCAAAACGCCAGUCCUGAAAUGGAAGUUGGUGAUAUUAAGAAAACUGCCAGUACUGAUGCUAGCAAUGAUGAUGAUGAUGAUGAUGAUGAUGAUGAUGAUGAUGUUCCCUUGUUGGAAACGAGAAUGGGAGAUUGUGGCAAAGUGUCCAAACAGCCUGAAGUUCUGUUGGACAGUUUAGCUCUGGAUGGCCACAUUCUUACACCAUCAGAUCCAGAUAAGAAUCAAAACAGUUUGGCACCGAAAUGGGAUGAAAGGACAGAUUCAAAAGGCAUGGAUUUUGAUCCAAAAGACGUUGUCAUGACAUCUUUUGAUUCCAUGGGUCUUCAGGGUGACUCUGACCAUUCCAAAGAUGGCCACGUUGGACGAGAGAGGAGUGACUCCAAACGAUCUAUGGGAUUUCACGAAAAUGACGAAGACGAUUUCUCUGUAUUCCACAUGGAAUGGAGGGAAAGAUUGAAUUCCUUCCGUGUGAAAUUGAAGUCCAAAUUUUGGCGCCGAAAAUCCAUGCAAGCAGCGGAAUCUCCUGAUGGAGAACCAGAGACUGAAAGUGAAAAGAAAGUCGAAAGCAAGGACCAACAAGAAUUUAAAUUCGGCUUUGCGUUUGCAUACUAUUAA